AUGCAGCAAAUCCACAAGAUACCAGGAACGGCGUAUGCGUCUUCGUCCCCUCUGCAGUCCUCCUCCUCCCCUACUCAAGUUCGUGGGUUGGCUACGCAGGGAGGUGAUUGGGACGAGCACCCCGGGGGAGGAGCGCCGAGACAAGGACAAGGACAAGAGGAGGAGGGAGAGUUUGAGUUUGCGUUUUCGACGACGACGGAUGGAGAUGCGAAUUUUAAAGCCAAGAUGGAGGCGUUGCAUGAUCCGACGAGUACGAAUUUGUAUAUGGAGGGGUUACCGUUGAGUAUUGAUGAGCCUACAUUAGCGGCGCUGGUCUCCCCUCAUCGGAUCAGUAGUUCUCGGUUCUUCCAGACUAGGUUGAGUAAUCCGCCGAGGAUUAUUGCAUUUGUUAGGCUGGAAACCCGCGUGGGGGCCGAAGAAAUCAUCGAGCGCCUUCAUGGUCGUAUGGUUCGUGGAUGGAACGAUACUGGGAGUCGAAUCUCCGUGAGGUUUGCGGAUACAAGUGAACAGCGCGAGUUGAGGAGGAACGAACGCGCAACUAAAGAAGGCGUGGAAGGCUCUCCAGCCAGGCUCACCAUCGCCCAAGCUGCCUUGCUCAAUCUUAGAGGGCAGGAGCUCAGGCCUUCGAUGAUCAAGAGCGGGCCAGUUAUCCACGCCCAUGGUCAUGUGCAACAAACGCCGCUCCCUCCGCCUCCACCUUCCAUCCAACGGAGUCACAGCAAUAGUCGCCUUCCUGUUCCUGCGACCCCUGAUUUCUCGUCCCAUGCGCCGUUUGCGGUGGACUAUUCACUUGCUCCUGCUAGGCCCGUCCGGUCACAGGCUCAUUCUCCCCAUCCGUACAUUGGGCAAGGCCAGACUGUCCAGCUGCCACCUUCCACCUCGCCCCAUCCUAUGGACCCAUCUAUGAUGACGCUCUUGCAGACCCUAAGAGGCACUGGCGUCCCUUAUCGUGGUGGCAUCUAUGAUGACGACGCUUCGGCACAGCAUCUUGAUCUUCUUCAAAAACCACACCAGCAUCAUUACGCUCGUCCUCCUCCUGUCCACACCAGGACAGGGUACACCGCUACAGAGGAGUAUAUCAUGCGCGCACAUGCCGAGUCUACCCAGCAACAAAGGAGACGUCCUGCCCCGCUAGAUUUGCGUCCUAGUAGAAGCGCCAGACGCGCGGGCAACGUUGAUGAGGAGCUGUUGAAUGCGAACAUUGCGUUGGGCGUGAGG